UUAAGAAAGUUCGUAGAAAAGAUUAUGAUAAUAUAUCUUAACGAAUAUUAAUAAUUAUAUUAAGAAUAAAUAAUUAUUUAUUUUGAUUUCUAUUCGUGUGACUAGAAUUUUCUAAAAUGAAAGUCGAUCCAUAUGUAUGUAUGUAUGUAUCAUACGUUUGAUAACUGCAAUAUAUAUGAUAUGAAGAAUUCAAGAAUACUAAUUCGAGACUCUCACUAGAGAACGUUAGAACCGCUAGUUCAUAUAAUACGAGAUUUCCAACUUUCUAUUCUAAAAACUUUUCUUUCGUGAAAAUGUAUCUGAUAUGAUUACAAGUUAUUUAUGUAAAGCAUAUUCGCAAAGUAAUAUCGAUUUAUCGUAAUACGAUUUGAUCGACUUGAGAUGGAGAAAUCAUUGAUGAAAUAAAAAAAAAAAAAAAGAAUAGGAAUUCAAUAGACGACAAAAUUAUUCAAGAAAGUAAAACGAACUAAUUCAUUGACGCGGAAGAGAUCGAUAAAAAGAGAAUUCUUCGAUUAAUUGAUACAGAACGAAUCAUUGAUCGGAAAAAAAAGGAACCAAGAUAAUUAUUAGAAAAUAAAUAUUGAUUACUAAGUACGAUUAAUUUACUAGAAAUAAUUAUCGCUAAAAAAAAAAAGAAGUAGAAAAUGAAAUUAUUAUAAAUACUUUCUCGAUUAAUUGUCAGCCAAAAGGACAACACAUAAAUUCUCGUAUUUCAAAUCUAUCGUUAGGUAGCCACUCAUUCACUAUGUAAUUUAUCGAUAUUUUGACUAACUUUCACAUAGAUUUAAAUACAUAUAUACGCACGCGUAUCGGUAUUAUUUUUCAAACAUACAAAACACAUAACGUCAAUAUUACAUUAUACGCGAUACAAAUAUGAAUGAUACUUUUCACACACGAUAAAUACAUGAAUAUUAAUUUUUAUAUAAACGAGUUACGUGAAUUACUUUUCAACGUGCUUGAGCGAUAGAAUACGUAAGAAAUAUUUAAAGUCUAUUAUACAAGAGAGACUAUCAUUUAUAUCGAUGAGUCGACGCUUCUUUGUAAGAACAGCUACUAAACGUUAGAAUACACUCAAACGAUUAUCUAUUCAUUUACAUUAAUUACCCUACUGAGCACAUACAUGUAUAUGUGUAAUAGAAUAUAUAUAUAUAUAUAUCACUUUUAUCUUUCAAAUUGACUAUUUACUAGUGGAAAAAUGAAAAGAACAAUAAUAAUCCCCCUUUUUUUAUCUUUUUGUUUAGACAGAUUAGAAGACGAAGAUAAAAGGCAAGAAAUUUACGUCUAGAUGAAAUUUGGAAAAACUUUCAAACGAGGAAGUUUCUUUUUUUCCGAACGAACAACUGCAACUUAUUCUUCGUGGAAAAGUUGUGUAAACUCGUUUCUUGCGAAAAUAUCUCUUACUUGAGUAAUUGAAAUAGCAAUAAUAAUAAUAAUCAAAGUUGGAAACAAAGGAACGGAAGAGCCUAAAAAAUUACGUAUCGUCUUAUAUAUAUAAAUCGCAAAGAGAAUUUCGAAUACCAAUACCAUUUGCGAAUAAAAAUCGUUUUCUCCGAUUGGCCGAGCUGUUCGUUCAACGUAAUAGGAAUACAUUAAUGAAUUAUUAAGGAUGUACGAACGAUUCGAUUAGAUUCCAAAUUUGGUCGUCAAAUCGGAUAAAUAAAUUCGAUUGUGUUAAUCAUCGAUCGAGCACAAUGAUCUUUACGAUUUGAAAUCAUUCGAAAUGAGUACGAAAGAGCAACCUAUCGAACCAAGAUGGUACGUGAAAUUUUUCGAAUAUUGGAAAAAUCGUAAUCGAAUUGGUCCAGCUACGGUCGAAUUAGCAGAUUGUGAUUUCUUCAUCGUAGCGCCACGUCGAACUUUGAGAGUAUUAAAGCCAAGUUUAAAAGGUGAAUGGUAUUACGAGAACACGAGCGACAGACCUGAAUCGAUAAAUGAUAAUUUUUUUGCUCGUUGGUCGAGAAGACCGCAUUCGUCCAAUCAUUGUAGAUGUUCUUUUCGACAAUCGAGUAGAUUGAGUACGAACGACGAAGAAAUAAUAUCUACGGAAUUGAAUCGUAUCAGAAAUAGUCUUUACGAGACUCCGGAAAAAUCAGCAAGAGAUAUCGAAGAACUCGAGCAAAGGGUAUCGGCUAAUCUCCAGAAACUUCAAAUACCUGACGCGAAACUCGAUAAUAAUAAUGAGAGGAAAACGAAGGACGAAGUUGUCCUUGACUCUUCGAAAAAUUUAUCUUCGAUUCCAUCGACGAACGAAGAACAAAGAGCUAAGAACAAAAUUGUUAAGGAUCUCGAAAGGUAUAUCAAUGUAUUGCUCGAGGAAAUAUUAGACGACACGAUUAAAUAUGUUGCUAAUUCGAACGAUCGUAAACUUACGGAAUUAGAAAGAUCGAAAUUAGACGAUGAACAAUCGUCUUCGGAAGCUAAAAGGGAGGAAAUUUUUAAUGAAAUUAGUUUCUCCUUUCAUUCUGACGAUAAGAAGAUUCAAGAGGAUGAAAAGUUUACCGAGGAGAGAACGAAGAACGAAGAUGGAUAUAUAAAUCGUGCUUUCAUUGGUUCGGCACACGAUCCUGAUUCUCUCGACUUUUAUUUACGUACUCGUACGAUCGGUACGGAGGUCAUUUUAGAACAAUUAGAUUGUAUAGAUUCUGGUAUAAACAGCGUCGAAACAAUAGAAUUUCAACCUGAUCAAGAACCGAGUCUCGAGCAAUCUCUUUUACGAAUAAUCGAUGAGAAAUUAGGUAGGACCCCUUUGAGAAAUAGCUGGGAAGAUCUGAGAACCAACGAGGAUGAGAAAUACAACGAAUCUUCCCGGAAAAUCAUUGAAAACGAGGAAGAAAAUAAGUUAAGCAAGUUGAAGGAUGUAAUCGUAUUGGAUGACAAUGAAAUUCAAGACGAAAAAACUAUGGUUGAUAUCAGGCAAUUAGAGGAAUCUAUCGAUGAUCCUAAAUUUGAAAAUGUACGAUUGGAAUUACAAAACGACGAUAUGGAAUCUUCGGAGAGGAAGGAGACGACGAUCGGGAUGAAAUUUUGCGCAAGGUUUCGUACGAAUAUUGAAAGAGGAUCGAAACGUAAGAAGAACGAUGAAAAAAUAGAGACAAUUAAUAUUAGAAAGGAGACUACGCCUUUGGAGAUGGAGGAUUACAGAAAAAGAUGGCCGAACUUGGAAGAAUCGACGAGAUUGUCUAAUUGCGAACAAAAUCCACAUGAUUAUGUGAUAUUUCGAAGAAAUCGUAAACCAACGUUAGUCUUUUUACAUGGGUUUGGUUCAUCAGCAGAGAUAUUCGAACAUCAAUUGGAAUAUUUCUCAGCUAUGGGCUAUCCUUGCAUCGCUCCUGAUCUUUUAGGACAUGGUAUGAGCUCUGCACCUGACCGCUCGAAGGAUUAUAUGUUUAGCAAAUUAUUGAAGGAUUUGGAGACGGUACUACAUUAUUACGCUUUUAAACCAGGUCAAAAGUGUAUCCUGAUAGCACAUAAUUAUGGAUGCAGUUUUGCAACAGCAUUGGCUUGCAAAUAUGACAGCAAUAUUCAUCAGCUCGUUUUAAUAUCCGGUGGUGGUCCAACACCAUUGGCACCGCCUACGAGAGAAGGUGCUGGCCGAUGCUUUCUAAGAGCUAUUUUGUCACCUCUUUUGAUGUGCGGCCUUCAUAGAGAUAUACUGUAUUCCGCAAGAGGUCGGCAACAUCCUUAUUGUGGUCCUGAACCAGUCGAACAAUGGCCAUCUCAUAUGAAAUACGUUUUGGAUGGGAUGGCUUGGCCCGAAGGAGAUUAUGUUUUCCAUAGAAGGAUUUUUACACCUACUCUUCUUAUACAUGGAUUGAGGGACAACAAAGUAUCGCUCGUACAAGAGUGUCAGAUGGAAAGGACUAUGCUGAAGGCUUUCCUCGAAGCUAUUCCAAGUGCAGGGCACACACCCAUGACGGAUUGUCCUGAUCAACUGAAUCAUAUGAUUCACUGUUUCAUAGAUUUAUGGAAGAACAAGAACUGGUAGCAAUAUUAGUAUUUCGAUAUUGUUAGUUCCAGCAGAGAAUAUAAUCUCGAGUAAGCAAUGGUCGUGCUGAAAUAUCAAGUUCUUUUACGGGUAUCAAGCUCGUAGUUAGAUGAAAAAUUAGAUAAAAAUUAGAUAAAAGAUAUCAAUAGUCCUCUUUCCCUUUUUAUAAUUUUCCUUUUGAUUAAAUAUUUAAAGUGUACAUACAUACAUACAUACAUACAUACAUACAUACAUACAUACAUACAUAGAAAAGUUUCACGUGCGUUGUUGUUUCUACUAUAGCUAAUUUUACAUUUUCGAAAAAAAUCUUAGUUUGUGUAAGAGGACAGAUUUCUGAUAAAACUGAAACCUCUUUUUCGAGCUCUACUUUGUGAUGCUUUUAUUACUUCUCAUCGAAUGAUACGACAAUUGCGAAAUUGUAAAAAUACUUCUUCUACACCUACAGCAUGAUAAAUGUGCCAAAACAUAUAUAUGUUAAGAUAUUUUGUUAGAAUCUUUCCGUAAACUUCGACAAAGGUCUCUCUGUCAAUAAGCAAAGAUUUAAGAUACCGAACGGAGGCUAUUAUAGAUUCGCGCAUAAGUUGCACCAAAGAUGUUUUAUAUUAUGUUAAUUUUUUAUAUCCUAUAGCAUUUUGGAAUAUAACUUAUUCGUUUACAAUAAAACUGUGAACCAA